GGGUAGGAAAGGGAGGGGCGGAAAUCGAGUCCGUGUGCUUGACUCACGAGUGUGGCGUGGGGUAAGAUCACUUUUAAAAACUCGUCUAUAGACUCUAUUUUAUCCGCAGAGUCACGAGGCCUUUGAAUUUCACGCGGAAAACAGCGCGUGCCAGUGUGCUUCAUCUUAAAAACUGCGUCAGGAAACAGCCGUUGGAAGUUUGCUGUGGUGCGUUGAGAGGUUGUCUCGUAGAAACACCAACCAUGAAUAAUAGUACAAAUUGGAACGUGUCCACCUCCUCUGAAGUGGGAAAAACUAUGACUACAACACCAACAACCUCACUGCCCUUCACGCAGGUUUCUACUCAACCACACAUCACCUUCUCUUCAGUGGUAACAACAGAAGCUCCAUCCGGUUCAGACUCUGCCGUCAUUGGAGUGGUCGUAGUGGUCAUCCUCGUGACACUAGCUGUUUUCGGAGUCUUGCUGUAUCGCUAUUUGUGCCACAACAAAGGCAACUACUGGACGACGGGGGAGCUGGCUCCAGGAGAAGAUCCCGAAGAGUCCAGCAAUCAGACGGCGGGGGAGAAAAGGGAAUACUUCAUCUGAACCUGGGAUGGAGACUGUAAGGGGGAAGGAAAGCAACAAUAUGGACUUUUGAGGUUUUAGAGUUUUUUUCAGUAAUGUGGUUUAAGGGAAAAUUGUUACGGUUAAGUUGGUAAAAACAAACCCAAAGAUAGGAAUCGUAAGACUUGAUGGACAGAAAGUAGAUGAAGCAUAAAUGGGUGCUACAGAACCAGGUGUGAAACAGGUGCUGGGAUUUUUUUUCAAUAUCUGAAAUAUAUCAAACAGCAGCCAGAAUGUAAUACGUGUGUCUGUGACACUCUGUUGUGUUUUUAUGUCUUCUGUAUUUGAAGUUUCUGGUUUUAUUCACACGAGCAGUAUUGUUCCUAAACCAGUUGAUGUUUUUGGCACUACUGUGUGGCUUUUAACCUUUAUAUCUGUUUGAUUUUAACAGUUCUGUGAUAAGCUUGUUUAAACACAUGUCCUCUUCAGGGCAGGAUAGGAAAAAAAAUGUUUGUCUGGCUUUUUGUGCACCUGGUUGUAUUUUUAUUUUUUGUUUUUUAUAAGCCAUUGCCUGAAAAUGUUACCAUUGAUAUUCUUAGUUACACUUUAAUGGCAAUAAAGCUUGUUUUUGUAAGUGUUUAA